AUGGAAGAGAUCGAGCGACGCUUCCAGGCGCUCGAGGGAGCGUUGCAGGCUGCCGAACAACGGGUGCAGGCUGCAGAGGAGCGCGCCCUGGCGGCGGAGUCAGCAGCAGCGAGCGCAGGCGCCGCCGCGAGCAGGCCCGUGGCAGCGGCGAGGGCCGCGCCACAGGAUCUGGUGGACACUCGGCUUCUAGCGAAGCCGAAGGCGUUCGGAGGCAGCGAGGACGAGUGGCCAGGGUGGAGCUUCAAGAUGCUCGCUUACCUCGGGGCUCUCGACGAGCAGAUGGCCAACGAGCUGACGGCGGCCAUGACGUUCCCGCUGGAGGAGGUGAGGAACGCGAGGCUCCUGGAGGAAGGAGCGAGUCAGCGCAGUCGUCAGCUGUACUUCAUCCUCGUCCUGCUGCUGGAAGGAGCUGCACUCCAGCUCAUCAAGCCAGUCGGCGUCGGAGAAGGGUAUCGGGCUUGGAGGACACUACAAGACAUGUACGAGCCCGACAGACCCGGUCGCCACGCAGGACUGCUGCAAGAGCUGAUCGCGUUCCAGUUCCCAGAGGACAACAUCGUGGGGAUGCUGGCGGACUUCGACUUCAAGGUCACGAAGUACGAGAGCCAGAGCCACGAGAGGAUUGGGGACAGGAUCAAGAUGGCGAUCCUUCAGCGGGGGAUUCAGGACGAAGCUCUUCGAGCGCACCUGGUCCACAACGCGUCGAGGCUAGUCACGUGGGAGCUCAUGCGCAACGAGGUGCACAUGGUGAUCUCGACGAGGAGCGCCAUCUCAGCAGUGCCGCCACCAGUUCCGAUGGACACGAGCGCGCAGGAGUCGAAGCCGACGGGAGCUCCACCAGCGGCGAGCGCCGCGGGGAGCGCGGCACCGGUGAUGGCGAUCGCGACCGAAAGCGGGGCAGAGCCACUGUGGUGCCUCGCGAUCGAGCUGGAAGAAGGGCAAGAGUCGUUAUCGAGUGGAGCAGCAGCGACGCCCUUAGCACCAGCGACGACAGCGAUCCACCUUCGUUCGAGCGGGCCGUCAAACGAGCACGCGCGGCAGAGGCAGCCAUUCUUGGACGGUGCCAGCCCAACCGAGCAGCUGAGCCAGCCAGAGGCAGCAAACGAGCACGAGCAGCCGAGGCAGCCAUUCUUGGUCGGGGCCAGCCCGAUCGAGCAGCUGAGCCAGCCAGGGGCAGCAAACGAGCACGAGACGUUCGAGAACAAGGAGAUCAUCGGUAUCAAUGAGCACUGGGUCAUGGUGGAUUCGGGUGCUGCGCGAUCGGUGUGUCCGCCGAGUCACGGGGCCCACGAGACACUCAGAGACCUGAGCGAGCGCAUCAGGCUGGUCGGAGCGAGCGGCGACGACAUCCCGUGCCACGGCGAGCGCUUCGUCACGUACGCGAAGGACGGGCACAAGAUCGGGGUGGACUACAAGGUCGCCGACGUCAAGAGGCCGGUGCUGGGCGUGUCGCAGGCGGUCGACAAGGGCACGUCGUGGGUGUUCACGCCGAGCGGGAGCUACAUGAUCCCGAAGCCGAUCGAGUUCUCGGACCCAGACGCCGUGCCGCUGGUCAGGCGCAACGACUUGUUCUACCUCAAGAUGGACAGGUACGGUGAAGGCGUCAAGAACUCGCUCGUCAUGCCGGCCGAGGCGAGCGAGCCGGCAGCGCAGGCAGUGCUCGAGGAGUCCGUGCCAGUUCGAGUCAAGAAGGAUCCGGUGAAGCCAAGCCUGGCCGAGCAGAGGACGCACGAGCUGGUGCACAUUCCGGCGAGGUCCUGGUGCUGGGUGUGCGUCAGAUCCAAGUUCACGGACGACCCGCACUACAAGGCCGGGCACGAGCGCACGGGCGACGAGGUCCAGAUCGACUACUACUUCCUGGGCCAGCUGAGCAUCCUCAACAUGGUGCACAUGAACUCCCAAGCUAUUCAUGGCAUCAUGGGGCCGAAGGGUACCGACGCCUACAUGGUCAAGACAGCGGUCGCCACCAUUGAGAACUGGGGGCUGGAUCGCAUCGUGCUGAAGCACGACCAGGAGGCGUCGAUCACGGCCCUGGCGAGGGAGAUCAAGGCUCAGCGGAAGGCGCCCACGAUGAUCGAGUCAGCUCAGCGGGCUAACCAUCAAGGAGUCGGUGGAGUGGAGCGCGCCAACGAGGAGCUCGGCAAGCAGAUCAGAGCGCUGCUGUUCUCGGUAGGCGACAACUACAAGCGGGAGCUCCCAGCCGAGCAUGGGCUUCUACCUUGGCUCAUUCGGCACGCUGGCUGGCAGCUCAACCGCUUCACGGUGCACGGCAACGGCAAGACGACCUACGAGGUGCUCAAGGGGAGACCGUAUCGGGGCGAGCUCGUCAACUUCGCGGAGUGCGUUUGGGCGAGGGACCCCACGCCGACCUCCAAGCUGCAGCCUCGGUGGCACGCGGCGGUGUGGCUGGGCAAGACAGAGGUUUCGGACGAGCACCUGGUGGCGGGUCCGACGCGCACGACAAGGGUGCGCACGGUGAGACGGCGACCGGAGGGCGAGCGGUUCGUGCUGGAGGAGCUGGACAAGUUCGCUGGGGUGCCGUGGGACAUGCACCGGGCUCCACAGAUCGGCAUCGUGCCGACGGGAGCGCCCCAGGUGGAGCCGAACCAGCAGCGGCUGAUGCCGCCACCUCCACCACCGCCGGUGGCCUUACCGGCUGCGGGCCCGGAGGCGCUGGUGCCACCAGCGAUGGUCGGGCCGGCGCCGCCCGCGGGGCCAGGAGGCGCAGGGCUGAGGUCGACGUACAUCACGAGGGCGUUGAUCGACAAGUACGGCUGGACCCCCAUGUGCCCGAGGUGCAUCACAGGCAUGGGAUCGCACAGUGAGGAGUGCCGGAAGAGGAUCGAGAACGAGCUGCGCAAGGAGGAGAUGGCCAGGGCAGCGGCGGAGGCCGCACCCUCGUCGGCAGCGGCGGGGGCUGCGCCGACGCCGGCGGCGGCGGGAGCCGCGCCGGGGCCAGCGGCUGGAGCUGGAGACGGCAGGCCAGGAUCGUCCGGGGACGCCAGCAUGGCACCUCGCGACGACCAGGGCGAGGCGUCGGCGAAGAGGCCGCGCCAGACAGCGGCGAUCACAGUCGGGUCGCUCGCGGUCGGGGCCUUCGUGGAGAUCAACCCCUGCACGUACGAGGGCCUGGACCAGCAGUCCCACGAGGAGCUCGAGACGGUCACGGAAAUCGAGAGCUGCGAGCCGUUGGAGAUUGGGAUGUUCGAGGUCAGCCCCGUCGAGCCGUCGGCGAUCACGGUCCUGCCAGACACGGAGAAGCACGUGUACGACGCGAGGAGCGGGAAGGAGCUCCCCAGGGACCUGGUCAGGCGCGGGCGCGAGGCCGAGAUCGAGGAGAUGCGGCGACACGGCGUCUUCGAGGAGGUCCGCGUGGCCGAGAGCCGGGGCAAGGUGGUGCGUUUCAAGUGGGUCGAGGACCUGCGCACCAAGGACGGCACCUCCUUCGUCCGGUCCCGAGGCGUCGCCAUGGAGAUCAACACGUACGGCCGAGAGGACUGCAACGCGGGCACGCCGCCGAUCGCCAUCGUCAGGGCGAUCGUCUCCUUGCUCCCGUACCUCAAGCGCAAGAUCAGGUGGACGGGCAAGGGGUUCGUCUGGAUCGGCGACACGAAGCACGUGACGAGGUGCGUGGAGCUGCUGGGCCUUACGGAGUGCAAGCCAGCGGACACGCCUGGGAGCAAGGCCACGGGCAAGAGCGUCCGGGAGGCGCUGGAUCCACUACCGCACGACGAGGCGAAGCUCUACCAGCAGGUCGCGGGGCUCGUCAACUACGUGGCGGUAGACAGGCCAGACAUCCAGUUCGCGGUGAAGGUGAUCCUCACGGACAUGGGGAAGCCCACAGUCAUCAGCAUGCUUAGGCUGAGGCGGUGCGUGCGGUAUCUCCACGGUCGGCGCGAGCUCGGGUGGUUCUACGAGAAGCAGGAGAUGCCCAAGGCGGUUCUCUACGAGACGGACUCGGACUGGGCAGAGGAUGAGAUCACGAGGAAAUCGACCAGCUCCGUAUACGGCUUCUUUGGCAGCCACCUCCUGGAGACCCAGGUGGCAUCGCAGCCCGUCGUCGCGCUCAGCAGCGGAGAGGCCGAGUUCUACGCCAUCGGCCGAGGCGCGGCGAGUGCGAUCAUGAUGCGGCAGUUCUACCAGCAGUGUGGCAUCGAGGUCGCGUCGAAGGUUCACAGCGACUCGAAUGCAGGCAGGGCGAUCGCGACACGGAUCGGCAGUGGCAAAGUACGGCAUCUACAGAUACGAGACCUGUGGGUGCAGGAACGAGUCAGGCUCGGCGAGUUGCAGCUCGGGCGAGUCGACACGGAGAGCAACAGGAGCGACUUGGGGACCAAGCAUCUGGACGGCAAGCGGGUGCUCAAGUUGCUGGAGAUGUCCAACCUGCGGCUUCUGACCAAGGGGCUCGCCGCGGGUGUGGGCGUCACUUUCACGGAGGCGGCCGAGCACGGAGACAAGCAGUGCUCCGCGGCCGCUGACGACGAGGUCGAGUCGAACAUCGGCUCGAUCGUUCUCGCCAUGAUCGCGUUCAUCAUCGUGCUGGUGCUCGCGGUCAAGGGCGCAGUUGUGUGCACGAGAGGGGCGGUGCAGCUCUUCUCAUCUAGGGCGGCGAGUGCUGCCCCACCAGCGGGAGCGGCGAGGGCUGCCCCGCAGGCCGACGGCACGGCGAGGCCCGAGGCGGCGUCGAAGGACGCGCCUGAGGGGCAUGUCGUUUCUCGGGCAGCGGCGAUAGCUACGCCUGAGCGGGUCGCCGAAGGGCGAGACCUCGGUUCGGAGUACUUCGGGAAGAUGCUGGCUGAGGCCACCGUGGCAGAGCUCAAGGAGGAGCUCAGGUGGCGGAAGCUGCCAGUGAGCGGCUUGAAGGCGGACCUCAUCGUUCGUCUGACGAGGGACGGCGGCCAACACAUGGCCAGCAGUGAGGGGCUGGCCGCAGCGGCAUGGGCCGCGCGGCUGGUUCCAGGCAGGGUGCCUAUCCGAGCGUUCCGCUCGGAUGCGAGUCUAGGCUCGCACCUAG